GCCCCCGCAGCGACUUCCUUCUGCUUUCCAUUUCCACGGGAGCUCGAGCAAGCUGUUGCUUUGGUCUCCGUCUGGAGCCUGAGGACGCACGGAGGGUUCGUCUGUAGGAGACUCCAGGCCGUGGGCAACGCCAUGGCCCCUGUGCUAAGCAAGGACGUGGUGGACAUCGAGAGUAUCCUGGCUUUAAAUCCUCGAACACAAUCUCAUGCAACUCUGCAUUCCACUUUGGCCAAGAAAUUAGCCAAGAAACAUUGGAAGAGAAAUCCUGAUAAGAACUGCUUUAAUUGCGAGAAGCUGGAGAAUAAUUUUGAUGACAUCAAGCACACGACUCUUGGUGAGCGAGGAGCUCUCCGAGAAGCAAUGAGAUGCCUGAAAUGUGCAGAUGCCCCCUGUCAGAAGAGCUGUCCAACUAAUCUAGAUAUUAAAUCGUUCAUCACAAGUAUCUCAAACAAGAACUAUUAUGGAGCUGCUAAGAUGAUUUUUUCUGAUAACCCACUUGGUCUGACCUGUGGAAUGGUAUGUCCAACUUCUGAUCUUUGUGUAGGUGGAUGCAAUUUAUAUGCCACUGAAGAGGGACCAAUUAAUAUUGGUGGAUUGCAACAGUUUGCUACUGAGGUGUUCAAAGCAAUGAAUAUCCCACAAAUCAGGAAUCAUUUUCUGCCUCCCCCAGAAAAAAUGCCUGAAGCCUAUUCUGCAAAGAUUGCUCUUUUGGGUGCUGGGCCUGCAAGUAUAAGUUGUGCUUCCUUCUUGGCUCGAUUAGGCUACUCUGACAUCACUAUAUUUGAAAAACAAGAAUACGUUGGUGGUUUAAGUAUCUCUGAAAUCCCUCAGUUCCGGCUACCAUAUAAUGUAGUAAAUUUUGAGAUUGAGCUUAUGAAGGACCUUGGUGUAAAGAUAAUUUGUGGUAAAAGCCUUUCAGUGAAUGAAAUUACUCUUAGCACUUUGAAAGAAGAAGGUUACAAAGCUGCUUUCAUUGGGAUAGGUUUGCCAGAACCUAAAAAGGAUCACAUCUUCCAAGGCCUCACACAGGACCAGGGGUUUUAUACAUCCAAAGACUUUCUGCCACUUGUAGCCAAAAGCAGUAAAGCAGGAAUGUGUGCCUGUCACUCUCCAUUGCCAUCGAUACGGGGAGCCGUGAUUGUACUCGGAGCUGGAGACACAGCUUUCGACUGUGCAACAUCCGCUUUACGUUGUGGAGCCCGCCGAGUGUUCAUCGUCUUCAGAAAAGGCUUUGUUCAUAUAAGAGCUGUCCCUGAGGAGAUGGAGCUUGCGAAGGAAGAAAAAUGUGAAUUUUUGCCUUUCCUGUCCCCACGGAAGGUUAUAGUAAAAGGCGGGAGAAUUGUUGCUGUGCAGUUUGUUCGGACAGAGCAAGAUGAAACUGGAAAAUGGAAUGAAGAUGAAGAUCAGAUAGUCCGUCUGAAAGCCGAUGUGGUCAUCAGUGCCUUUGGCUCAGUUCUGAGUGAUCCUAAAGUAAAAGAAGCCUUGAGCCCUAUAAAAUUUAACAGAUGGGAUCUCCCAGAAGUAGAUCCAGAAACUAUGCAAACCAGUGAACCAUGGGUGUUUGCAGGUGGUGAUGUUGUUGGUAUGGCUAACACUACAGUGGAAUCCGUGAAUGACGGAAAGCAGGCCUCUUGGUACAUUCACAAAUAUAUACAGUCACAAUAUGGAGCUUCAGUUUCUGCCACGCCUGAACUGCCCCUCUUUUAUACUCCUAUUGAUCUGGUGGACAUUAGUGUGGAAAUGGCUGGAUUGAAGUUUACAAAUCCUUUUGGUCUUGCCAGUGCAACUCCAACUACCAGUUCAUCAAUGAUUCGUAGAGCUUUUGAAGCUGGAUGGGGCUUUGCUCUCACCAAAACUUUCUCUCUUGAUAAGGACAUAGUGACAAAUGUUUCACCCAGAAUCAUCCGGGGGACCACCUCCGGCCCCAUGUAUGGCCCUGGACAAAGCUCCUUCCUGAAUAUUGAGCUCAUCAGUGAAAAAACGGCUGCAUAUUGGUGUCAAAGUGUCACUGAACUAAAAACUGACUUUCCAGACAAUAUUGUGAUUGCUAGCAUCAUGUGCAGUUACAACAAAAAUGACUGGAUGGAACUCUCCAGAAAGGCUGAGGCUUCUGGAGCAGAUGCCCUGGAGUUAAAUUUAUCGUGUCCACAUGGCAUGGGAGAAAGAGGAAUGGGCCUGGCUUGCGGGCAGGAUCCAGAGCUGGUGCGAAACAUCUGUCGCUGGGUUAGGCAAGCUGUUCAGAUUCCUUUUUUUGCCAAGUUGACCCCAAAUGUCACUGAUAUCGUAAGCAUCGCCAGAGCUGCAAAGGAAGGUGGCGCAGACGGUGUUACAGCCACCAACACGGUCUCAGGUCUCAUGGGAUUAAAGGCCGAUGGCACACCCUGGCCAGCAGUGGGCACUGGAAAACGGACUACGUACGGAGGAGUGUCCGGCACAGCCGUCAGACCUAUUGCUUUGAGAGCUGUGUCCACCAUUGCUCACGCUUUGCCUGGAUUUCCCAUUUUGGCCACUGGUGGAAUUGACUCAGCUGAAAGUGGUCUUCAGUUUCUCCACAGUGGUGCUUCGGUCCUCCAGGUAUGCAGUGCUGUUCAGAAUCAGGAUUUCACUGUCAUUCAAGACUACUGCACUGGCCUCAAAGCCUUGCUUUAUCUGCAAAGCAUUGAAGAGCUACAAGACUGGGACGGGCAGAGUCCACCCACCGAGAGUCACCAGAAAGGGAAACCAGUUCCUCGCAUUGCUGAACUCGUGGGAAAGAAACUGCCAAGUUUUGGACCUUAUCUUGAGCAGCGCAAGAAAAUCAUAGCAGAGGAAAAGAUUAGACUGAAAGAACAAAAUGCAACUUUUCCACCACUUGAGAGAAAACAUUUUAUCCCCAAAAAGCCUAUUCCCACUAUUAAGGAUGUGAUUGGAAAAGCACUGCAGUACCUUGGAACAUUUGGUGAACUGAGCAACUUAGAGCAAGUUGUGGCUGUGAUUGAUGAAGAAAUGUGUAUCAGCUGUGGCAAAUGCUACAUGACCUGUAAUGACUCUGGCUACCAGGCUAUCCAGUUUGAUCCUGAAACCCACCUGCCCACCAUUACUGACACUUGUACAGGCUGUACCCUGUGUCUCUCCGUGUGCCCUAUUAUCGACUGCAUCAGAAUGGUUUCCAGGACAACACCUUAUGAACCAAAGAGAGGCUUGCCCUUGGCUGUGAAUCCCGUGUGUUAAGGUGAUUUGUGAAACAGUUGCUGGACCUUGAGGUCACCUACUUAUGCUGAUCUUUUUAAUUGUGAUCAUUAUGCUCAGCUCUUUCUAAAUUCAAACAAAUAUAUAAUUUCUAAAUAAAAAAAGAUAAUUUCUCAAGAAAUUUCUAAAUUUUAAAAAUGUCUACUGCCCGUGACCAUUCAAUUAAUGGUCAUAAAAUAGAAUAAGUCUUUUCUGAGGAGAGUUGUUAAAUACAACUGUGUAGCAGUUAAUUGGAUGUUCACCAUCAGUUGUCCAUUAUGAAAAAUAUUAGCAGUUUUGUGGCAAUUAAUGCUACAGUUUCCAAAUUGCCCGAUGCUGGGCUCUGUCUUUGAUUUCUAAUUGUAAAAGAAAUAAGUAUUUUAGAACAAAGUACAAUUUAACUUAGGAGCAAAUGUUUCCAAGGAAACAUUUUAUAAUUAAAAAUUACAUUUAAUUUUAACUCUUUCUAAGCAAAGGUAAUUAGCUCCAUAAAGCUCAAAUGAAGCCAAAUAAUAAUUUACUGUGGCAGGAAAAGAAAGCCAACAAGGAUUUGGGAAACUUUUUUAAGGCCCCUUCACUGAAAUAACUUCUUUUUGGUGCUGGAUACUGAAGGUGAGAGUAUUUAGUAACCAUUCAUAUCACGCUGUGCUAUUCAUCACUCACUCCUUAGAUGGGUGUCCAAACGCCACCAGUGAAUCAACAUGACAUGCUUCUUUAAAUAUUUAAACUAUGUUCCUAACAAAGUAAGACGCGUUAGGAUGGAGCUCUGGUUAAAGCCACUCUUUUGCUGUGCACAGAUCUGUUCUAUCUGCUUCUAAUAGUAACCUUCAUGAUUACAGCAAUUAAUGUUUGAACACAACCCAGAUUAUACAGCAGUGGGUCAUGUGCUUCAUUAUUCAAGAAUGAAAAAUAUAGUAUUGGAAAUAUAUAUUAAAUGUGUGAUACCACUUUACCAACUCUUUAUUUUAGUGUUUAUGUUGAAUUUUGAAAGUAAUUAAAUAAAAAAGAAAUAUUUUCUGUUAUUGCCAAAUAAUAUCUUCAUAUAUCUCUAUUUUCAUAAUCAGCAAAUAGCAUCCUAUAAAUUAGUUUAUCUCUUCUUUGUGGCAUAUUUUAAUAUGAAUCCAUAAGUAGUGAAUCUUUAUGUAGUCAUCUGUGGCAUAUUUCUGUGACAGAUGCAAGAUCAAGAAAAAUUAAAUGUUUGAUUAUGCACUUUUACCACAAAAUCUGUAUGAUUGAAUAAUACCAAAUAAAAUUUUAUAAAGCAUUUUAAAUAACACGGUCUUUUGCUAUCUCUUGGUAGAGCAGUUUGGGGUUAAUUCUACAGCAAAUUCCAUUCACAGUCAGUCAUACAUAUCAAGCUAGUUCAAAUCUAAUGAAAGUGUCCUUAAGAUUUCUUCCCACUCUUGACUCUGAUUACCCCUUCUAUACAGAUGGUGCUAACAUCUAUACCUCCAAGUUGGACUUCUAUCCAUGUAUCUGACCACUUGCUGUAUUUAACCAUUUCAAACUCAAUUUCAAAAGUCAAAAUAGGGCUUCCCUGGUGGCGCAGUGGUUGAGAGUCCGCCUGCCAAUGCAGGGGACACAGGUUCGUGCCCCGGU